UAGUGGAAACGUAAUUUUUGGAAACAUAAAAGGAAAACGGUGGAAAACUAGAAUAAUAACAGAUUAUAUUUGAAAUACAUUUGUGUGUGACUCGGAGUUGUUUUUCUUGCAGUUUGAACGUAAAUUUGAUAAACCAUAACGUUAGAAAAACUACUCGGUUUUUUAAAACGAAAUGUAUACGAACAGCAAUAUUUAGAUUUCUAUAGAAACAAUACUUGCAGAUGGAUUUCCACGCCGUUAUUAUUAAUGACGACGGGAAAAGUUGCUGAUAAAUCAAAUUAUAAGAAUCGAAAGUCGAUUUGGGAGGGGAUGAGACGAUCUAAUUGAGACGACGAAUCGUUUAUAAUGAUCGCGUGAUUUGAUUACAAUUAAUAUUGCUCGAUGAAAUAUUAUUACCAUUUGGUUUCUGCGCGCGGACGGGUGACGGCGCAAGGGACGCGGUUUGGCGCUGCCACCCGAGCGCGCGGCGGACACAAGGGCUCCGUAGACGGACUCCGCCCACCGAUGGGGUUCCUGACGGGGCGGGGUGGAGUUUGUCGGGCGCGCGCUAGUGCCAGCCGAAGAGCAGCGCGUAUGCCCGCGAGACACCACCGCGGACCAGACGUACGCAGUCGUGUGGAUUGAACCGUACACACAGUCCGUCUCGGUUGAUCGCCUCUCUCUCCAACCGACACAAACUGUAACGUCAAACGAGUGUGUACGCGUAUAGGUAUGUGCGAACGCGAAAAAUACAACGAAUCCAAAACAACAGUCGAGUCCCGCCGAUUUUCCGAGAAAUAAUUUUGACUGUUUGCUGCCAACUUCGAGUUGCGCUUCGGCCGCUUGCGGAUCGCCAACACUGUCGUGGUAUUGCUGUUACCGUUAAAAAAAAUAAUAAUAACCAGUAGUCCAGUGGUCGGCUCGUGCACAGCACCCGCAGUGUAUAAAAACAAUAUAAGUACGCUAUUAGUAUACCAACGGUAUCCAAAGUUGUAACCGAACGUGGUAACGUGAUAACGGCAACGAAUGCGUCGAGGGUCAACGCAUUAAAUCGUCAGACCUUUUACUGGUGUUGGGUCUUUACGGAAAAGGGACGUGGGGGUCCGUCAAAACGUUGCUUGGAGCUGGGGUGGGGGGGCUCGGGCCUUUCCCUUGUCGAGAAAACGAACCUUUCUGGAAAAUGCCUCAUAAAGUUAUUCCUGAUAACUUGUUGGGUAGAUGAAGUUUUCUUAAGGCUUUUUUCAACAAUAACAAAACAAUAAUGAAAUUGCGUCAAAGCACAAAUCCUCCAUGAUUGUUUUAUUCAUCAAAAUCACUCUAAAUUGAAUUAUUUUUUUAACAAAACUUAAAGACGAUUCGGAUCAUUGCAAUAUGACGGCAGCGGCCGCUGCGAUGGUGCAGAGCUCAGCAGCUCUGUUCGGUUGUUCGGCGGCCGGUCACAGUGGCAUCAAUCAACUUGGCGGUGUUUACGUCAACGGAAGACCUUUGCCUGACUCUACCAGACAAAGAAUCGUCGAGCUUGCACAUUCGGGUGCUCGGCCGUGUGACAUAUCUCGCAUACUACAAGUUUCCAACGGAUGCGUUUCAAAAAUUUUAGGACGGUAUUAUGAAACCGGUUCGAUAAAGCCGCGUGCCAUUGGUGGCUCUAAGCCUCGCGUAGCCACCAAUGGUGUAGUGAAUAAGAUUGCCGACUACAAACGUGAAUGUCCGUCCAUCUUCGCAUGGGAGAUCAGGGAUCGGUUGUUGUCCGAAGGAGUAUGUAGCAACGAUAACAUACCAAGUGUGUCUUCCAUCAACCGAGUUCUUAGAAACUUGGCAGCUCAAAAAGAACACCAGGCGUCGUCAGCUCAUCAAACUAGUGGUAUCGGUGGUGGAGCCGGUGGUGUUGGAGGCACCGCUGAGUCCGUGUACGAUAAAUUGCGUAUGUUCAAUGGGCAAACCGGAUGGCCCUGGUAUGCAGCACCACCACCUCCGGGACCGGGUGCCCACGGAGGCACUCCAUCACCACAUCAUCCAGCUUUAAUAGGAUCUGCUGGCCACCAUCCUGGCAAUCCAGCUGCGUCGUUGGCUGCCACAGCAGCGUCACUAACCGUAUCCAGAGACGACAUACAACGAAGAGCAGCUGAAUUAGCCCCUGAAAGUACGUCAGAUGGCAACUCUGAGCACAACUCUUCAGCCGACGACGAUUCCCAACUAAGACUUAGACUGAAAAGAAAAUUGCAAAGAAACAGAACAAGUUUUACCAAUGAUCAAAUAGACAGCUUAGAAAAAGAAUUUGAAAGAACUCAUUAUCCUGACGUUUUUGCCAGAGAAAGGCUGGCAGACAACAUAUCACUGCCAGAAGCUAGAAUUCAGGUAUGGUUUAGUAACCGAAGAGCGAAAUGGAGACGCGAAGAAAAACUGCGAAAUCAAAGGAGAGGCGGUAGUCUGGACCAGCAAAACGGGAGCACUCCGGCCGCACUUUCUUCGUCUUCAGCAUCCGUCAGCCCUCCGGCAGUGACCACUUCGAACGCGGGUGGCAGUGCCAGCGGAGGCAAUGGAGGUACCAUCGCCACUCCGGGAGGUCACAAUAAUCGUUUGGCUUCAAUUCAAGCGGCUGGCUUUAAUCAUAUGUAUCAGUCUAUAUCUCAACCGAUUGCCACUAUGUCAACGGAUAACUAUGGUUCCAUGUCGAGUAUGGUAACUAGCGGACACCAUCACCAUCACCAUCAUCAUCACCCGGCAAGUUCUUAUCCAUACAUGUUCCACCAUCCUCCACCUGAGUCACUGUAUAACCACCCUGUAUCGUCUGCUCCUCGAGUACCUUGUCAACCAGCUCCAGCACAUUCUGUCAAUGCCAACACCCACCCCGCCGCAUACCCGACGUCUAACCAUCACGCAUCGAACACGUCACCCGGAGCUACCGCAGGCACUGGAGUGAUUUCUGCUGGUGUAUCGGUGCCCGUUCAAAUACCGCUCAGUCAAGCACCGGAGCACACUUACUGGUCCAGAUUACAAUAAUUACCGAAGCUAUUAACUUUGGUUAAUGUACGUUAACUUGUAGUGAUCUGAAUUUGUUUUGUAAAUCAAAAAUAUAUAUAUAUUUUUUUUUU